UUAGUUACAUUACAAUUUACAUACAUCGCUUUGACUUUGAGAGACGGUGAGGUCGUGGGAAUCGAAAAUCGCGAAUCGCAGAGAUAAUCUCAUCCGAAUAUUAUAAUUAUUUAAAUUCAUUGGAAUUAUAGAAAAUGGACGAGGUGAUCACUGUGACGGAUGCGGCGUCGUUGAGGACCGGUCAAACAACGCCGUCGUCGUCGUCGCUGUUGCUCCCUAACAACCUCCCUCUGAUCUCCGCCUUUCUCGCCUUCGCUCUUGCUCAAUUCCUCAAGAUCUUCACCACCUGGUAUAAAGAGAAAAGAUGGGAUUCUAAAAGAAUGCUAGGCUCUGGUGGAAUGCCAUCAUCACAUUCUGCAACUGUGAUGGCGCUAGUGGUAGCAAUAGCUUUACAAGAAGGGACAGGAGGUCCAGCUUUUGCUAUUGCAUUGGUGUUGGCAUGCAUUGUAAUGUAUGAUGCCUCUGGUGUCAGAUUACAUGCUGGUCGGCAAGCUGAAUUGCUGAAUCAAAUUGUAUGUGAGUUUCCUCCGGAUCACCCAUUAUCUAGUGUUAGACCUCUACGUGAAUUACUUGGCCAUACACCAGUACAGGUUGUUGCUGGUGCCGUCUUGGGAUGCAUUGUGGCAUAUCUGAUGAGAAAGACAAAUUAGGUUGUAACUAGACCGAUACUAAUUCUUUUGUUGAGCCGGUUAGUGUAGCAUAUUCUGCAGCUUGGCAACAAGAUCGUUUCAUCAAAGCCAGAUGUUGUAAAACGAGUUCCUGGAAUUGAUAACCUGUAGAGCGAUCUGUGGAUUUCUUUUGAGAGUUGGGGUUGAAGAUUAUGUUACUUCUUGGCUUGGAACUUCAAUAUGUAUACCUGAAAAUUUUUAUUUACUGGAUAAACGUUCAUUCUGUGUUGUACUCGGGAACAUGUAAUCGUAGUGAAAGAAUUUGGAGGGAAAAUAAUUGAAAAUUAAAGUUUUAAUUUAAUGGUUUCGAUAUUUUGUA